UCAGCUGAUUGCGUCACUGAGUUUGCGUUAUUAAAACAAUAACGCAAAAACAAAAAACAAGUCGCAGUUCUGAUUCAGCUCCGUCAAUUUGGAAAUUAAAGCGUGAAUUUGAUCAAAAAUGAAGUUCCAAUACAAAGAAGAACAUUCUUUUGAGAAAAGGAAGACUGAGGGCGAAAAAAUACGCAGGAAAUAUCCUGAUCGUGUUCCAGUGAUCGUGGAGAAAGCACCGAAGGCCAGACUAGGAGACCUCGACAAAAAGAAGUAUUUGGUACCAUCCGAUCUCACGGUUGGACAGUUUUAUUUUUUGAUCAGGAAACGUAUCCACCUUCGGCCUGAGGAUGCGCUCUUCUUUUUCGUUAACAACGUCAUUCCUCCCACAUCUGCUACAAUGGGCUCACUCUACCAAGAGCAUCACGAUGAAGACUUUUUCUUGUACAUUGCAUUUUCCGAUGAAAAUGUUUAUGGUUAUUAAUUAAUAUCUUUACAAUUUUAAAACCCAUUUAUCGCCGUCAUUCGUGAAUAUGUCUGCAUAUGGCGACUAUUUAGGAUUAAGGCUUAGCAAUAUUGAUGUAUUAUGUUGUAAUGGUGAUAUUUGAUUUUUUUGCAUCUUCCACUUUUAUUUCCAUAUUUUAUGCAAAGUUGUUAUAAUUUUAGAAAUAUCACAAUUGUGGGCAAAAACAUUUCUUUGUUUGAUUAAGAGUGUAAUAAUUUCUGUAACAAAACAAUAAAGCUAUACAAAAAGGA